UGUGAAAGAAAACACCGACAGUGAAUCACUUCAGACAGCGUGCAGUAUUGAAGAGGAGAAAGUUCCCCACUUGAGGGCGAAAUCAGACUUUUUUGAGGACGCCAAGUUUUGAAAAGUUCCAGGAGCCCCGGGGUCUGUCACAUACAACAUGCAGCAAUGUCCAAGGAGGCAGAGUUGGAUGUGAGAGGCAGUGAGUGCGACACAGUCCCACAAGAGCCCAGCACAGACCUGGAGCCGCCCAGGCCACCUCCAGCUAAGGCUAACGGACCCACCGGCACCGCUGGCGUUUGCACGAGCAUCCCCUCCAGUAGCCACAGUAGCAGCAGCACCACCACCACCACCACCAGCAGCAGCAGCAGCAGAAGUGGUCUGGGUGGCAUUAGCAUCGUUAGCAGCAGCGCUGAGGGAGCAGGCGAAAGCUCCAUGCAGUUCAGCACCAGACCGCCUAGUGCUGAGCAGCCGGGCUUCAUGGGGACAUGGCAGCAGCAGAGCACUGACAGCAACCUCCUCUACAGAAUGUCCCAGCAGGGUGCUGUAACGCGGCUUCCUUUGAAGUGCGACAGGUCGACUAUGGGCCGAGACCUGGAAGAGGCCAUUCGCUGCACACUGGUGAACUGCACAUGUGAGUGUUUCCAGCCAGGGAAGAUUCACCUACGAACAUGUGACCAGUGCAAACAUGGCUGGGUAGCUCACGCUCUGGACAAGCUCAGCACCCAGCACCUUUACCACCCGACCCAGGUGGAGAUCGUUCAGUCCAACGUGGUGUUCGACAUCAGCAGCCUAAUGCUGUACGGCACCCAGGCCGUACCUGUCAGACUCAAGAUCCUCCUCGACCGCCUCUUCUCCGUACUGAAGCAAGAAGAGGUGCUGCAUAUCCUGCACGGCCUGGGCUGGACCCUUCGAGACUACGUCAGGGGCUACAUACUGCAGGAUGCUGCAGGCAAGGUGCUGGACCGCUGGACCAUCAUGUCCCGAGAAGAGGAGAUCAUCACCCUGCAGCAGUUCCUGCGCUUUGGUGAGACCAAGUCUAUUGUGGAGCUGAUGGCCAUUCAGGAGAAGGAAGGUCAGGCAGUUACAGUUCCCUCCUCCAAGACAGACUCCGGGAUUAGGACAUUCAUUGAAAGCAACAACAGAUCCCGUAGCCCAGGGCUCCUGACACAUCUGGAAAACAGUAGCCCAUCCAGCAUUCAUCAUUUUGAGAAUAUCCCCAACAGCUUAGCCUUCCUCCUGCCCUUCCAAUACAUCAACCCAGUCUCUGCCCCCAUGCUCGGCUUGCCCCCCAAUGGCCUGCCUAUGGAGCAGUCUUCUCUCCGGCUCCGGGAGCCCAGCCUGCCAAACCAAGGUGAGCAGGUGGAGACCAGUGAGUCAGAAGUAUCCCUGUCGCCCUUUCGCACAGGUCAAAGCCCCAGCCGUGGAGCCCUGGGAGCCAUGAACAACAUUGAACCCAAGACAGAGCCCAACAACAGGGCAUCGCCCAUCUCACCAACCCCUUCCACCCAGCAGGCUCAACAACAGCAGCAGACACAGCUCCAACAGCAGCAGCAGGGCCAACAGCAGUCCCAAAAUCAACCUCAGCAAUCCAACAGUUUGAGUGACCAUCAGGUCCACCACCACUUUGUAAAGGACGAGCAGUCUAAAUCCAUAACCCAUGCUUCAUUUUCCUCCAAAAUGCAUCGCAUGCGCCGCAUGGGCUCCACCUCACGCAAGGGUCGUGUGUGCUGCAAUUCUUGUGGAAAGACCUUUUAUGACAAAGGCACUCUUAAGAUACAUUAUAACGCUGUACAUUUGAAGAUCAAACACCGUUGCACCAUUGAGGGUUGCAACAUGGUCUUCAGUUCACUACGCAGCCGUAACCGCCACAGUGCAAAUCCCAAUCCACGGUUGCACAUGCCGAUGCUGCGCAAUAACCGCGACAAGGACCUCAUCCGUUCAACCACUGGUACACCUGUCAUCUCAAGCACCAAGAAUGGUGGUUUCACACUCACCAGCCCUGGAAGGCCACCACUGGGUUUCACUACUCCACCAGUAGACCCUAUGCUUCAGUCACCCCUACAAAGCCCACUGGUGUUCCCCUCACUGAAGUCAGUGCAGCCUGUCCAGCCCGUGCCCCCAUUCUACCGCACAUUACUGUCCCCUGCAGACCUUGUCAGUCCUCCAGUGUCACUGCCCACCAGCCCCAUCCUGCCCACAACCACCAACAGUACCUCCCUGAUGGACCAACAACAGCAUCUGCUGGCAGCUGCAUCAGUGGCUUCACACAAUAAUAUUCAUAUGUCAGAUGUGGGACCCAUGUCCCAUCGCUUACAUACACCUAGUGCCAAUCACGACCACACCUCUGGCAGCACUGACCCCACGCCUAAAAAGAAGCCUCGUAAAUCAAGCAUGCCAGUGAAAAUAGAGAAGGAAGUGAUUGAUGUGGCGGAUGAAUACGAUGACAAAGACGACGAUGACGAUGACAUGCACCAUAAUCACCACCAUCACCACUCAUCCCUUCUGCACAACGUCAAAAUGAAUGGUAACUGUAACAGCAACAACAACAGUGGUACUGGGAACCACAGUGGUGGUAGUGGCCAGCAAUCCCCUUCCCAAGAUGAGAUGAGCCCUGGUCUCGCUCUGAGGGGCAUGAUGAGACAGAGUGAAGAUGAAUGCAGGGAAGGGACUGGAAGUGACAGCAGGGGUGGAAAUGAUCUUCAAGGCUCCGGUGAGCUACGUUGUAUGGACAGCUUCACCUCUGAGGACCAGGACCACGAAAGAGACUUUGAGAACGAAUCUGAAACCUCUGAUUCCAAGAUGUUCUACCGUGAUGAGCUGGUAGAUGUGGAGGAACAGCAAAAACAAAGCAGGGGUGGCAGGUGUCUGGACAAGGAACAUGAUGAUGAAGGUAGUGAGGAAGCCCAACUGAGAAAGGAAAUGGAAGGCAAGGGCCAUUCCUCACCGUCCCCUCAUCAACCGCCUAUCAGGAUCAAGGAAGAACUCAACGAUCCUACUUACGACAUGUUCUGCAUGGGCCAGUAUGGCCUCUAUAAUGGAGGCAUGGCGGCGGCCGCUGCUGCUGCAAGCAUGGCUGCUCUGCAUGAGAGCUUCAUUUCUUCGAUGGGCUAUGGCGCCAGCCCACCCAAAUUUCCUUCGUCUCAAUCACCAGAGGGAGACCCAUGCUCAAGUCCUGACCCCAAGAUCUGCUAUGUGUGUAAGAAGAGCUUCAAGAGUUCCUAUAGCAUGAAACUGCACUACAAGAAUGUGCACCUCAAAGAGAUGCAUGUGUGCACUGUGGCUGGCUGCAACGCUGCCUUCCCUUCCCGGCGGAGCCGAGACAGGCACAGCUCCAACAUCAACCUGCACCGCAAACUGCUGACCAAAGAGCUGGACGACAUUGUCCUGGACCCCCAACUCCCUCCACUGCCCAAGGACCUGCGAGCCGAGUUACUGGCCAAGAUCUACGCCAGGCACCACAUGGGCUUCGACCCAUAUGCCGGGAUGGGCUUCGGAGGCGCAAGCUUCCGGCCCACUGGCCUAAACCACAAUGCCCGCUCCCCCACGUGCAGUGAGUAUCCCCACCACCCUCUCAACCAUAACCUUAAAAACAACCACACCAACGGCUUCUCCCGGGGCCAGCCAGACGACUACAUGGUGCUGGACCUGAGCACCACAUCCAGUGUUCAAUCCAGCAGCAGUGUCCACUCCUCACAUGAGUCAGACGAGGGCAGUGAUGAAGGCAUCCUACUGGAUGACCUGGAGGGGGAGGAGGGAGAAGAGGAUGAGGAGGAGGGCAACAGCGAGGGGGAGGACUGCUCCCAGCAUGCCGAGGGGCGGGCUGAAGGAGGGCACGGGGAUGAGACUGGAGAACUUAGAGAAGGACAGAGCGAGGGGUUGGAACCUUCCUCCUCGCCAUUCCUCUUUUCGUCCACCGGGGGCAGUAAUGGUGGCAGCGGUGGGAUCCUGUGCAACAUCUGCCAUAAAAUGUACAGCAACAAAGGAACCCUGCGUGUGCACUACAAGACUGUGCACCUGCGUGAGAUGCACAAGUGCAAAAUCCCUGGCUGCAACAUGGUGUUCAGCUCUGUGCGCAGCCGCAACCGACACUCUCAGAACCCCAACCUCCAUAAAAACAUGCCCUUCGCUACAAUAGUGGACUAAAUAAUGACUCGCAACUCGACCCUGCUGUCAGUCGGCCCGCUCCUCCCGUCAUUCCUCAUCCUUAUUCCUCCUCAAAUUAGCUUUUAAUCCCAGCCCAGGGCCAUCAAAUACAAGCUAAAUGCCUGUAUGCCUCCUGCCCGUCCUCUGUAAGUCAUUGCAAGACAUUUCUAUGUUCCUCUAUAAAAUUCAUCGACUCUAAAUACAGUUUAUUAUUGUGAUCUUUGACUUUUCCUUCUUUGGAAGAACAGGAUGACGCUCUUGAGCAUGGAGUUUACUUUAUAAUAAAACUCCAGUUGUUUUGUUUUUUUCAUAAACCCCUCCAUCUUUCCUUUCAGACUUCUCCCCACUUUGUUUUUAUGUCCGUCUCCAAAGAAUCUAUUCAAACUCUUAUUUGUGACUUUGCCUGCAGAAAUGAUAGUAUUGAGAAAAAAAAAAGAAAAUCUUCUUGUUGUAUUUGUGUAAUGAUAGCUUUUAAAUGAACCCCUUACAAAAAGCAUGACAGCUUCAUUUGUAAAUAAUGUCUCAAGAGGCUUUUGGUGUAAAAGAAUUGUGUUGAUGGUUGUUUGCUUCUUUUUUCUCUCUCGUUAUGGUUUUAUGUUACAGUCCAGUACAAUACUUCCAGCUAUAGGCAAGAAAGAGGUAGCAUCUUACUAGCUUGACUCAUUUAUGUUAGCUUCAAAGACAGACUGAGUCCUAGGAAAAAAAAGAAUAUCAUGUGACUUGUUUUAUCUACUUGUUAGAUAUUCAGAGGUUGCCGGCAUGCUUUUUUAGGCUCCUACACUGAUAUCAUUCUCUGUAUUUCUGUUGUUUUAUUUUUAUUUUUUUGUCUGUUAUGUUUAUGAGCUUUAGUAUACCAAUUCAGUUUUUGCACUUUGCAUCUAUACAAGGGGAUGUGUAAUAUUAUUAUAAUGAGGACUUUUGCAAUGGUGAGUUUAGGUGUUGUUCGGGGUCAUUGGUGGCUACAGUGCCAAGGUGAAUGAUAAUAACCUUCAACAUACUUGUGCCAGUUUCUUUUUGCACGCGCUCAAUUUCAGCUUCACAACAGAAAAACUUCUUGCCUCCCUGAACGAAAACCUGAGAUCUUCCCCCAUCGCGAAACAACAAAUUGAGAAAGCGUUUCCAAAGCCUCAAAGUGUGACUGAAUACAAACUGCUGUUUCACAAACACAAAGGAGUUAAAUAUUGGAAAAAGUCUCUCCUCCUCUUUGUUUUAUUUCUGUAUGGUUACCAGUUUUGAUCAUGAUGAUGACUUCAGAGGUUUAGUGGGGUAAUCUGUGUAAAGCAUGACAUUAUUGUGACAUUGUCAAACAAAGUCAUCAAUGAAAAAACUCACGUUUGUUCUCACCAAAAGGCUUAUUGAAAUAUAACUGUCCCCAUAGAUUUGAGGGGAAAAAAGAGAGAAAAAAGAUGAAAAUAGUCAUUCAACUGUGACCAAAACAAAAGUGUUUGCUUAAGAAGAGCUCUUUCAGUGUGACAGUAUGUACUUAAAACAUGCCCCAUUGGAUUAAUAUGAUGCACUUGAGUCUUAAAUCUUUUGCUGUGAUAUUUUUCGGUAUCGGUUUCCAUUGCUGAGUGUCGGCUACAAAUGUACUCUAUGAAAAAUGUUGCCAUUUUCCUGGCUGUUGUUUGCAGCCAUUUUUAAACAUGCCCAUGACUGACUUGUCUUACGGUACAAAUAUUUCCAGAAACUGGGCAAAGUAGCCAAGGGAAGGGGUAUUUAUUGGUGGGUGAUGUAUCUUCAUGGAGAUGUUUUUGUCCAGUAUAAGAAUAUUUUUUGUAAAAAGACAAAAAAUAGAGAUUGUUCCUCAGUUUGACUUGUUUAUCAAUGUAUUAGCAAUGCCAUGUGUUACUAUACAAGGAGAUCUUCUCUUACUUGACUGGUGCUACACACAGAGGGAAACAUAUGCAGUGUUAUGUGGUGUGCUGUACAGUAUUCACAACACCCUUACAUCCAUAACAGUGUUGAGUUCCAUUUGUUUCAUACUUAAGCCAUUUUGCAAUAUAGACAUGACCUAUUCUGCUGGAAUAUUUCAUGUCGGGUUUUUUUAAGACUCCACCUAUAUGACACAUGCAGUUUUCAGUCCUCUCUUCUCCGAGAUAAAGAGAGCGAGGCAGAGAGCUGAGGCUGAUGGAAAGGUUGCGGAGGUGGAAGGCUGACUAGGGAGGAAAGGAUGACAGCAACGAUCAUUAAAAAUGUGCUGCUUCUCCGUUACCUGGAGGCGUCCCUGCCAUUCCAGCUUCUUCUGUCUAAUAACUCACUUGUCACUUCGUUACACUGCCAGGCUCCAAGGUUGCUGACAAGACUGUGACACUGACAGAAAGAGAAAAGGAAGGAAAAGAGACCAAAAAGCCCUCUGAACAAUUCAAUUUGACCCAUUCAAUUCAGCUGAAUUCAAUUCAUCUAUUCAUUCUCCAUGUGUGCUUUUUCUUAUUCGGGGUCGCUGAUAAUUCAAUUCCUUUUUCUCUCAUUCUGUUUUUCCUCUUUGUCCGUCAGAGAGCGCAGUCAUUUAACAACCGCCUUACCCAUUUCUUCAACCCGCCACUCACUCAGCACCUCCACACCCCACAGCGCAGGUCCUACAGGGACACACACUAAUAGUGUAUGCUUAAGUUCACCGGACGGCCAUGGCAUAGGAAAAAGGGAUGGGUAAUUGCCUGUUUAUCCCAAGUGAAGGGAAAAUUGAGUACAGGAACCCCUGCCUUCUCCCAGGAGUGGGUUUCACUGAGGCGCUUGCUGCCUCAUUCACUCAUUCAAUCCCCCCGGCCCUCGCUCUGGUAGAAAUAAAAAAGUGCUACUCCAGGAACCCUGCUGACAGCUGUCUCUCUAACACACACCCAUACAAACACACACACACAUGCACACAGAGGAGAGAGGUGCACGCUCACAUGCGCUUCCUACUUACAGGCCAGGAAGAUGACAAGAACUAGAUGACUUGUUAACCUCUAGUGAUGGAGGAGACGGGGGCAGAGAAAUAUAGAGAGUAUUCUCACCACAGGAAAUGAAACUCUCCAUCGAGCAUUAACAUUAUAGCUGCUGCCACGACAUAGAAAACUAAUAUUCCAUUAUGGAGAACGGUGUGAGCUAACACUGAGUCAGGCAAAUGAUCACGGUGAGAUUUUUGCAAAUAUCUAUGAAAUACAAUAUAUAGGCCAGAACAUUUUUGCAGCACCACAACACUAAAUUCAGACAAUAUUUUGCCUUUAACAAAUAUUGCACCACUUGCAAUUUGAAAAUUGAAGUAGUCCAUAUUGCAAUUUCGAUAAAAUUCUAUUUAAUUGUUCAUGCAUUUAUAAUUAAAUUGAGACAUUUUACCUAAAGCGGACACUGUUUAAUUAAGAAAAUCUAUUAAUAAGGACAGCAAGCUCACAGAUUGAUUCACAUUCUCACUAUUACAGUAAGAGAACUGUACCCAACAAAUCAAAAGUUAUCUUCAUAUAAAUGUGCUCUGCCCAAAUAACCUCAGCUUCUCUGCCCUUCUUGAUCUGAGAAAAACAAGUUUUCAGACUUGUUUUUUUCAGCCUCUACCACACUCUUUAUGUCCUGUUCCUUGCUGUCCGAUUCUCAAGCAGCCGCUGCAGUGUAUGACCUCUGUCUGUGUACUUGUGGUGUGCCAGGCAGAAAACUGAAUAUCAUAGAAGAGAUUCCCUCACAACACCCUUCUCCCACCUCCUACGGGCUCCUUCUGAGUCCUCCGUGGCGCUGGCCAUGCCAGCACAGCUCAGAGCUGCGAGAGGCUGGAAACAGAGCUGAGAAAAGCAUGCAAACGCCAGGGAGACAGACGGAAAGAAAAGGGAGAGAUGGUGGAAAGGGAUUGGGCUUAUAAAGUGGAGUGGCUGGAGCCUCGCGGCAGUCACUUAACAAGGCAGGGGAGAAAGAGAGGAACACAGGGAGAGGAGAGAGCAAGAGAGCAGCAGGGCAGGACUCCCCAGGAGUCAUCGCCAGCUUCUUCUAGAUUGCCUGCUGGAGAGCGAUUGAGCCACCCCUCACAUUUCCACACCCCUCUCCUUCCACUAUACUCUCCUCUCCUCUGAGAAAUGACCACCAAUUCCCCCCUCCUCCUCUGAGAAAGCCCCCCCAAUCCAAUCUUUGUCUUUCUUACAUCUCCAACCACAUGGGCCCAGGUGCAUUCUGCUACCUAGUGACCGUGGUCGUGGAUCGGCAGGAACACGUCACUUAGAGAGCCUCGUUCGCCCCAGACCACUGGAGUGAAUCUUUAAUAUUUGAUCAGAGGAGCGUCAGGCAUCAAUUAUUCUGUCAUUCUACAUAGCACACAGAGGUAGAAGUGGAUGGCGAACGGCUGAAGCGGCUGGCCUGUUAAUCACUGUCUGUUUUGUUCAUGUCACAGUAAAAAAGGUGUAAAGGAGGAGGAUGAGAGGUGACAACGCAUGCAAACUGUCCAGUUAAUGUAGCUCAUGGGAUUAAAAUCUUUGAUGGGACAUCAUUAGGAAAUUACAUAGAUACUUCAGUCUCAUGUGUCUCAUAUGUUCUAAAAAAAAAUAAUACCCUCAUUAAUUUGAACUGGAACCUGUGAAAUGAAUGAAUUCAUAUAAUGUUUUCCAUUGUGCCAAUUUACAUUUUACGGUCUUAAAGUAUAAAUAAGCUUGAAGACGUGGUGAAUUAAGAUUUUUUUUUGUUUUUGUCUUUGUGUAUCCAAUGCAUCUGUGUCUUAAAAAGCCUGUGUUAUGGCACUGGCACUCGACAGCGCUGCAUGGCUACAUUGUCGCACUGCAAAGAACGAACCGAGCCGAGGAGCUUUGGUGUCAAAAUGGUGAUUUGGAAGCCUCAUGAAUACUGUAUGUUACCUAAACAGGUGUUUCCCAUUUGCAGACAGGAGGGAAAAAAUGGUCCUCUUUUUAAAAAGACUCUUGUUUCUUUCUCUUCUUUCUUUCUUUUUCUUUUUUUUGCCUUUCUUGUAUUUGUUUCUGUAUCAUAACUGUCUAUGGUUUUUGCAUAAAAUGCAUAAGGGUUUUGGGAUGUAAAUGGAAUUUUAUUCAUAUUUUGUCCAAAUACCUCUUGUAAUUUGUAUCAGAAUUCUUGUACAAUUUUUAUAUUAAAGAUUUAUCAGUCACUGG